CAAGAUGAAACGCCUUUUUGUUGUGCUCUGCCUGAUCCUUCUGCUGCCACUUUUGAUGGCCGAUAAUCCUCCAAUCAAUUCUCCUGCUGCGAGUCGAGGAAAAGAGCCAAACACGGUGCCUCAAAGGUCUGGAACGGUUGGAUCACGAACCCUGGAAAGUCUUAAGGGCCUGGGAUAA